UUUGGGAAUCCCUCAUUGUUCUACCAGCCUCCGCCCAGCUACAGUCAUGGCACCGAAAAAGGCAAAGAAGCGAGCAGCAGAGGGUGCCAACUCCAACGUCUUCUCCAUGUUUGAACAAGCACAGAUUCAGGAAUUCAAAGAGGCUUUCACCAUCAUGGACCAGAACAGAGAUGGCUUCAUUGACAAAAAUGACCUGAGGGACACCUUUGCAGCUCUAGGGCGCCUCAAUGUAAAGCAGGAGGAGAUUGAUGACAUGCUGAAAGAAGCCUCUGGACCCAUCAACUUCACUGUGUUCCUCACCAUGUUUGGAGAGAAGCUUAAGGGAGCUGAUCCAGAGGAGACCAUCCUCAACGCUUUCAAAGUCUUCGACCCCGAGGGAAAAGGUGUCCUGCGGAAGGAGUAUAUAACUGAGAUGCUGACAACACAGGCUGACAGGUUCUCGAAAGAAGAGAUAGAGCAGAUGUUCACCGCCUUCCCCCCAGAUGUUUCAGGCAACCUCGACUACAAGAACCUGGUCCACAUCAUCACCCAUGGAGAGGAAAAGGACCAGGAAUAAAGCUUCGGCCUUUUGUGUUCUGCCGCUGACCGCUGCCCCCUCACCAACGGCUGAUUCUGCUAAUGGCUGUGAAGUUUUCUUCAGCUCAUCCAGAAUAGAGGAUAAGAGGCAAAAAGUACCUGCAAAAUGUUUUGCUGUUUUUAUGUAUAAUCAUGAUUCAUUGCUUGUAAAAUAAACAGCUUUUGCACAUUUGG